AUGCCUCAAAAUCGGAAGAUAGAUCACUUAUUCGAUAUUUUUCUCAAAAAUAAAAGUGAGAUUUUCGAUAUCGUAACUGGAAAAAUCAAUCCACCUUCCCACUCGGUGUGGAAAAUAAUAUCCAAGGAGGCAAGUCACCACUACACUAAAAAAUAUCUUUACACCAUGGUUCUACAAAAUCGUCAUAACUUCCUGGAGAAACUAAAACCAUCUUUGAAGGAUGUGCCUCAACAUGAUGAACUUAGUUCUUCGGAUGAAAAUUCCACAAAUUCAAAAAAUAGCAUUUCCACAGAAGAAAAUUCAACGUCAUUUUGUAUUACAUUGUCUGCUCAGGAAUGGAACGAAAUCAAACCACAGUCCAAACUAUAUGGCUCCAGAAUAUAUAAUGCUCUACCUCCAGGUAAAUGGACAAGCAUCGUCGCUAAUCAUUUUUGGCAUGUAACGAAAUUGCCAUGCACGAUAAAAUUCCAUCGAGCUAAAAUACAUGAAACGGGACUGUAUUUGAAUUUUAAAGGGACCUGUAAGAACUGUGAGUCCAAUUUAACUGGUGUUCUGCCCGUUAAGCCAUCAGCACAUUCUCUUGUCGUAAUCCAUUGUCAAUAUUCAGGCAACUUCGAUGAUUGUAAAAGUGUAAUCAAGAGACAACUCCGAGGGGCAUAUAGACGUGAGAUCGGAAAAGUGUUAUUGUCCAAUCGACUUCCAGCUAGCACUUACCGUAAACGACAAGUUGAUAACAUAAUGAUAUUGGGUGAGGCCGAACCAAAUGUGAUACCAAAAAGCAAUAUUUUGAGAAAUUUGAAGUACGAAGAACGCAAACGUAAUAGGUUGAGCGAGGAUCCAAUCGAGUCGGUAUACGCUCUGAAAUAUCAACACCCUUACAAUAAUUAUAUUAAAGAUAUCGGCCUUGAUCGGUUAUUUGUUCACUACUGGAGUACACCCCAAAUUCAUGUAUAUAAUAACUAUGUACAAACAACUACCCAUUCAAAAAUAUCAAUUGACGCUACAGGAGAAGUAGUCCGUCGUAUUACAAAACCAAGCGGCGAGAAAUCCAAAGUGAUUUUUUUAUAUGAUAUUACUGUCAAUGAUCGAAAAACUGGAAUGCAGUACUCGGCAUGCAACAUGCUCUCAGAGAGACACGAUGCUGACAGUAUAAUGCACUGGCUGCAAUUUUGGAAACGAGACGGAGCAAAGAUGCCAAACGAAGUCGUUUGUGAUAUGUCAAUUGCAUUAACAUCUGCUAUUAUUCGAUCAUUCACAAGUUAUUCGUCACUGGGUGUUUACCUAGAUGACUGCUAUGAGCACCUUUUGAAGAGGCAGUCCUUGAAAUUUAAACUUAGCACAUAUGUUCGUUUUGAUGUCGCCCAUGUUAUAAAAUCGAUUUGUGGGUGGGAAUGUUUGAAAAGUGCACCAAAACGAAGCAGACAUUUUUAUAAAAGGGUAAUUGGUCAGUUAAUUCAAACCACUAAUAUGUCUGAUGCACACAAAAUUCUUAAAGCAAUAUGUGUUGUUGCACUUAACGAAACUGAAGGUACUUCGGGCAGUACUAACAUCGAAACCCCAUCUGAAAAGUGUAAAAGUUUUUUACGGAGGGUAAUCGGCUACGAAAACAUGAAUGACGAUAUUGGCAACGAAUAUGAGACUGAUAAUGAUAUUAUGAAUUUUGAAGAUCUGUCGAAUAACAAUUUCUGUGAAUGGGGUAGGGCUAUAGAGACUGAGGCUAGAAAUGAAAUUGUUAGGGGAAAUCGUGAUAACUGCCAAUUCCUUCCUGCACUGAUUCCAAAAAUAAUAUCUCUGCUGAAAACAUUUCCUCUAUGGUCUUCAGUAAUGUCGACUGAACAUUUUCCGAAUGCACACUCUACUGCUUCUAGUGCACCAGUAGAAAGUAAUUUCAACAAUUUAAAGAACAGGACCUUCGCAGAUGAACAUUUACCCAUCAGAAUAGAUGAAUUUUUAACCAAACAUAUUUCAUCACUUGAAGGUGCUAUGAAGAUAGCGAUGGCGCAAUCAUUAGACAACACAUUUGAAACCGUAGAAACCGCCAAAGAUGAAUCUUUGCACAACAUUUCCAGUAUUCAACAAAGCCCAACGGAAGUUUUAUCAGAUUUGUUUCUCACAGCUCCAGCUGACUACGACAUCGCUGAUGAAGAAAUACGUGCGCAAGAAAACUGGGGUGGACUAGUUGUUCCAAGUAAACGAAAACGACGCAGUUACUUGGAAAAAAAUAGCGAAUGGCUCCACAUAGACUUACAACAAAAAGUCAGUGUUGUUCCAAUUGGAAUUUUGAGGAACGGUAAUUGCGUCAAACUGCAACCUGUUAAGUUAGCGAAAAAAAAAGUUUUGUUAACAAAUACUUGUGCAUUUGAUUCGCUGAUGCAAAUUUUAUGUACAAGCUUUUGUGACAGUAAUCAUUUCGCUGCCUUCUUUCAAUCUCAGCAACUUCUAGAGCUCACUAAACAAAUGAUCAAGCUCAUAGGACUGAAAGCUUACAAGUUGCGGGCAGAAAUCCUCUCUAUGACAUUCCCAAACCACAAUAUGUUACCGAAUGGAAUGAUCCAUAUUUCAACUGAAACUACUGUAGAAAAUUUGAUCCGCAAGCUUGCUAAUUCCGGAGAACUUUAUUAUUCUUAUGUUGAAAAAAUAUAUUGUUCAAAGUGUUCCAAUAUUAGAAUAAUAUCCAUGCCUAUCAUUCCAUUGGUUAUAGAACAAAAUAUAAGCAUUUCUGAGGGUGUAGAGUCAUAUUUUUGGAAAAGAUUUUCCAGCAGCACGUGUUCGCGUAAGGACUGUGGAGGCACUACAGAUGUGAGUAUUGAGAAAAACCAAGUUUACAUAUUUGUGGAAAUAACUAGAUCCACAACAAAUUCUUUGCCCUCAAUUCCACUACUUCGUCUAUCUGAUAUCUCAAAAGAGAUAUGGAUAGACGAUACAUUAUUAACCUUGGGUGGGGUGAUAGCGUAUGUAGGACCGCAACAACCUAUAAAUAUCACUCAUAUUGGACACUUCAAGGCAUACUGUCACAGAAUUGGGGAGAAAUGGGAGUUGUAUGAUAGUCUCGCUAACAAUAAACAGGACUGCUCAGAAGUCGAGAUGGUAUAUCCCCAUUUACUAUUUUAUAGAGUUUGA